AUGGACUCUGGCCGUCAAAACAACGUGGAGCCAGAUGUUAUGAAGCCGAUAUUGGGUCGCAUCAAGGAGACCAAAGAUGAUGGCCCCAGCCCCGAAGCCUCCAUAGCCCAUAUCGAAGGGGACUACAAGGUGUACAAACGUCGCUUCUUUGGGCUGGGGCAGCUGGUUCUGUUGAAUAUUGUUGUCAGCUGGGAUUGGCUCACUUUCUCGGCAGUGUCAAAGACAUCGGCGCAAUAUUUCAAUGUUUCUGAGAGUGCAAUCAAUUGGCUCAGUACCGGGUUCCUCUUCGCUUUCUGCGUUACCAGUCCCAUUGUUAUAUGGACUCUGAAUAAAGGAGGGCCCAAGCCCUCGAUCGUUGCGUGCGCCGCGCUGCUGCUGAUCGGGAACUGGGUCCGGUAUGCGGGCACAAAAGCGAAUAACGGCAUGUUCGGCCUGACCAUGUUUGGCCAGAUCAUUAUUGGAUUCGCGCAGCCGUUUGUCUUGACGGCCCCUACGAGAUACAGCGAUGCUUGGUUUAGUGAUCGUGGACGAACCAGCGCGACCGCGGUUGCGACUCUGGCAAACCCGCUAGGCGGCGCCUUGGGCCAGCUGAUCGGCCCAAUGUGGGCGACAAAGCCCAGCGAAGUACCGAAUAUGGUGCUUUAUGUCUCGAUAGUGUCGAGUGUCGCGUGCAUUCCUUCCUUCUUUAUUCCCUCUCUUCCGCCCACACCCCCUAAUCCCGCUGUUGGCGUAGCCCGGAUUCCUCUGCGCGAAAGUCUCAUCAAGCUCAUGUAUGCCCUUGAGUUCUGGCUGGUUUUCUUUCCCUUUAGCAUAUAUAUUGGCAUUUUCAACAGCAUCUCUUCUCUUCUUAAUCAAAUUCUCCAGCCCCAUGGCUUCUCCGAGAUGGAGGCUGGCAUCACUGGCGCUCUCCUGAUCUUCGUCGGCCUCGUUGCCGCUGCAAUAUGCUCCCCGAUUAUCGACAAAUACAAACAUUACUUAGGCACGAUUCGAGUCCUCAUACCGAUUAUCGCGCUUUCGUAUCUUGGCUUCGUCUUUGCACCAGAGUCACCUAGCGUCGCCGGGCCUUACGUUGUUGCCUCUAUUCUUGGUGCUUCCAGUUUUGCUAUUCUCCCCGUAAUUCUUGAGUACCUCGUCGAAAUAACAUAUCCAAUUUCUCCUGAGAUCCCCAGCACGCUUUGCUGGGUUGGUGGUCAGAUAUUCGGUGCCGCGUUUGUUCUCAUCGAGACGGCGCUGAAGGCAAGCCCGAAUGCAAAGCCACCCCUGAAUAUGAAACGAGCUCUUAUUUUCCAGGCUGUAAUGGCAGCAAUUGUGGUGCCUACGCCUUUUAUUUUUGGACAAGUGAGUAGAAAGGUGGGGAAGAGAAGGCUGGAAGCCGAACAACAAGCGAAAGCAAGAAGAAACGCGGAUAGAGGGGUGACUUGUACAGCAACAGGGGAUCACAACACGGGUAAUUUAUAG